GCCGCGGCGGCGGGAGUCCCUCGGAGCGGCGUGGGCUCGCUGCAAAGAUGCUGGGCCCGAGUCCCCUCGCCGUCGUCCUCCUGGCCGGGGUUGCGACCUGCGCCGGAGCGCAGCACGUGCCGCCGUGGACUGAAGAUUGCAGAAAAUCAACUUACCCUCCUUCUGGACCAACCUACAGAGGACCAAUUCCAUGGUAUACCAUAAACCUUGAUUUACCACCCUACAAAAGAUGGCAUGAAUUAAUGACUCACAAAGCACCAAUGCUAAAGAUCAUAGUUAAUUCCAUGAAGAAUUUAGUAAACGCAUUUGUGCCAAGUGGAAAAGUUAUGCAGAUGGUGGAUCAAAAGUUGCCUGGUCUACUUGGCAACAUUCCUGGCCCGUAUGAAGAGGAAAUGAAGGGAAUUGCAGAUGUCACUGGGGUACCUUUAGGAGAAAUUAUUUCAUUCAACAUAUUUUAUGAAUUGUUUACUAUGUGUACCUCAAUAAUAACUGAAGACACACAAGGUCAUCUACUACAUGGAAGAAACAUGGAUUUUGGAAUAUUUCUUGGGUGGAACAUAAAUAAUAAUACCUGGGUCAUAACUGAGGAACUAAAGACUCUUACAGUAAAUUUGGACUUCCAAAGAAAUAAUAACACUGUUUUCAAGGCUACAAGCUUUGCUGGAUAUGUAGGAAUGUUAACAGGAUUCAAACCAGGACUGUUUAGCCUUUCACUAAAUGAACGUUUCAGUAUGAAUGGUGGUUAUCUGGGUGUCUUAGAAUGGAUUCUGGGAAAGAAAGAUGCCACAUGGGUAGGAUUUAUUACUAGAUCAGUUCUGGAAAACAGCACAAGCUAUGCAGAAGCCAAGAAUAUAUUGACUAAGACCAAGAUACUGGCCCCAGCAUACUUUAUCCUGGGGGGCAACCAGUCUGGGGAAGGUUGUGUGAUCACUCGGGAAAGAAAAGCGUCUUUGGAUGUGUAUGAACUUGAUGCUAAGCAUGGUAGGUGGUACGCAGUACAGACAAAUUAUGACCGAUGGAAAAACACCUUGUUCCUUGAUGAUCGCAGAACACCUGCAAAGAUGUGCCUAAACCGCACAACCCAAGAGAAGCUCUCAUUUGCAACCUUAUAUGAUGUCCUAUCAACAAAACCUGUCCUCAACAAGCUGACUGUAUUCACAACCUUGAUUGACGUUGCUAAAGGUUACUAUGAAAGUUACCUACGGGAUUGCCCAGACCCUUGCAUAGGCUGGUGAGCACGUACCCGGCCUACUGAACUGAGAUGUGAAGACAGGUUCUACAGUAUGACUGACCAGCGCAUCUGUCUGAUCUUACAAAGACCAAGACUCAAGGCUUGUUCUUUCCAAGAAUCAUGAGAAUGCCCUUCUAGUAUGUUUACAGACUGUUUUUGCUAAAAUAAUCAGUUAUUUAAAGAUAAAUUCUUUUAAGUGAACUGAUGUAGAGUUUGCUGAAUUUCAUUUCACUUUGCUAUUGGGAACCCUAAUCUGGAUGGAAUAAAACAAGAUUCCCUACUGGUGUUAAUCCAGUGCCUCUAUGUGAGUAUUGAAAGAGUAAAUACUCCACAUGAUUCAGUUGUCCAUUUUUAUCUAUGUAUUUAUGUUUUUCUGGUUUGAACUAUUAAAAUCAGCAUACCAUUCAUUACCUUUGCUGCUAUUGACAGAAGUUUAAUUUCAUUAUGUUUGAUGGAGGGAUGAGAUGGACAUUUGAUAUUUCUUUUAAAUAAAUAUACCUUUGACUAUGUAAAUAGUGCUUUUUGGGGUUCACAAAGUAGUUAGGAUGCAAGGCAGUCUUUUGUGCAGAGUUGAAGUUGUUUCUUUUUUAUAAUUACUCUACCUCUCAGUAACCCCAAGAAGUUGCUAACUUUAAGUAACUUGAGUCCUAGAUUCUACGAAUCAGUAAAUAAACAUAUCAAGGACUUGAAUAUAGUAAAAGCUCAUUAUUUUAAAUUCUUUCAUGUUUCAUUGAUUUAAUAAAUAAUAUUUUCAUUUUUCUUCUAACCAACAUAUUUUUAACUUUUUAGUACACUAUAGCUAUUAAAAUUUUUUCAGAAAUCUAUUUAUGAAAAGUGGCAAUUGAAAUUGUUAAUCCUUCUAACUUUUACAAUUGACUGUGAAAUGUAUGCCAGUUGUACAAGACUGUUUCCACUGUCUUUUGUACGAUCUCAGUUGUAUCAUGAUACUCAAUAAACAGUCAUUGGCAGGCAUGUUAGCACUCA